AUGGGCACAACAAGAAGUAACCACCUAAUUGGCUUCCUCAACUUCCUCACCUUCCUCCUCUCCAUCCCCAUCCUCUCCGCCGGCAUAUGGCUGAGCAGCCGCGCCUCCGCCGCCGCCGCCGGCUGCGUCGGCCUCCUCCAGUGGCCCCUCAUCCUCGUCGGGGCCGCCAUCAUGGCCGUCUCCCUAGCGGGCUUCGUCGGGGCUUGCUACCGCAACACCUUCCUCAUGUACCUCUACCUUUGGGCUAUGUUCUUCGUCGUGGCCGCCCUUGUUGGCUUCACCAUCUUCGCCUACUCCGUCACGGCCACUGGGUCGGGCCGGGCUGUCAUGGGCCGGGCCUACAUGGACUAUUCCCUCCAGGACUACGCGGGCACGUGGCUCGCGGGCCGGAUUGCUGGCCCGGGGUACUGGGGAAGGAUCGAGGCCUGCGUUAGGGGCUCGGGCGCGUGCCAGAGACUGGGCCUAGGCGAGCCGGCCCAGCUGUUUUACCUAAGGAGGCUCAGCCCUAUUCAGUCCGGAUGCUGCAAGCCCCCAACGUCGUGCGGCUACACGUACGUGAACGAGACAUUUUGGGCCGAGGAAAUUGGGCCCACUGGGCCCAACCCGGACUGCCUGAGAUGGAGCAACGAGCAAGAGCAGCUCUGCUAUGAAUGCGGGUCGUGCAAGGCCGGGGUCGUGGCCAGCCUUCAGAAAAGCUGGAGAAAAGUCUCGAUUAUCAAUGUAGUUGUCUCGAUUAUCCUUGUUUUGGUUUAUGUGAUUGCUUGUGCCGCUUUUAGGCACAAUAGGCAGCUCGAUAACGAUGAAUCCUAUGGCCAUGCAAGGAUGGUGAAGGCCAGGCCCGGAUGGCUCGGGUUUUGA